AAUACGGGCUGCGCCCCUGCGGGUCAGUUACUGUGAAUCUAGGCUGGAAAAUAGGAGUGCCGAGCGCGGUCUGUGCCUGCCUGCCUGCUGUUCUUGUGAGAUUGGUGAAAAUAAGCCUACGUUCCAGGGAUGCAAGAGGAGCAACAGCCUGAGGCUGCUGCAGAUCCAAUGUCCUCCUCUGAUGUACCAGAAGAUGGCCCAAAGGAAACGUCAAGUGUGUCGCAGAGUAUCUCUGAUGCAGAUGCAUUUAAAAUUCUUCUGGAGAUGAAGAUGAAAAAGAGGCAGAAAAAACCUGCCUUACCAAGUACUGUGACUGAGCUCGAAACCGAGGAUGGUUCUAAAGUGUACGUGGUUGGAACAGCCCACUUCAGUGACAGCAGCAAAAAGGAUGUAGUGAAGACAAUACAAGAAGUGCAGCCAGAUGUGGUUGUGGUGGAACUGUGCCAGUACAGAGUUUCUAUGUUAAAGAUGGAUGAGAAGACUUUACUAAAAGAAGCCAAAGAAAUAAAUCUGGAAAAACUUCAGCAAGCUAUAAAGCAGAAUGGAGUCAUGUCUGGACUGAUGCAAAUGCUGCUUCUGAAAGUGUCUGCUCACAUCACAGAACAGCUGGGGAUGGCCCCAGGAGGGGAAUUCAGAGAGGCUUUCAAAGAGGCUAGUAAAGUACCUUUCUGUAAAUUUCAUCUUGGAGACAGACCCAUCCCUGUUACAUUUAAGAGGGCGAUUGCUGCGCUUUCUUUCUGGCAAAAAGUCAAGCUUGCCUGGGGCCUUUGCUUCUUAUCUGACCCAAUCAGUAAAGAUGACGUGGAAAAAUGCAAACAGAAGGAUUUGCUGGAGCAGAUGAUGGCAGAGAUGAUUGGAGAAUUUCCUGAUCUUCAUCGAACAAUCGUCUCAGAACGAGAUAUUUACUUGACCUACAUGCUGAAGCAAGCAGCAAAGCAGAUAGAACUACCUCGAGCUUCAGAAACUGAACCUAGGAAAUACAUCCCUGCUGUUGUAGUUGGUGUGGUUGGGAUGGGUCACGUACCUGGAAUUGAAAAGAACUGGAACUCUGACUUAAACAUUCAGGAAAUAAUGAGUGUGCCUCCUCCAUCAGCUUCAAGUAAGAUUUUCAAAUUUGUCAUAAAAGCAACAGUUUUUGGACUGAUGGGUUAUGGCUGCUACCGAAUAGGCCAAAGGACGGUUCAGUUUAUUCUUUCGAUGCCAGCAGCACAGAGCUAUCUUCAGAAGCUGACAGAAAUAAGGUCUCAGCAUUGAACGUAGGUGGAGGCACAACGUGAAGAAAGUGGCUGAAAAAGGCGAUGGAGGCAACAAAUGUGAACCGGACUGAAAGAAGAAGGAAAUGAGGAUCCUACUCAGAGGGUGCGGAGCAAAGCUGAAUUGCUGUAUAAUAAAAGAUUUGAUACUGAACUUACACCAGCUAUGAUCUGAUGAGUAAGUUUGAUUCCUGGUGCGUUGCAUGAAACCACAUGAUUCCAGAUUGAGGCAAAUGUAAUACGUACACAAAUAUAUAUUAUAUAUAUCGAUACGGUGUGUGUAUAUAUAAUAUAUAUUAAUGAUGAUGUAGUACAGACAGCUUAAAGAGUGUAUGCUCGUGACUUUUUUUCCAGGAGAAGAGAACACCAAGUAACCAAAUUGGCUGCAUCUGCUGUGAAAUUCAGGGACACUUGCUGGAGUGAUUUAUUUUUUUUCCUCGGGUAUAAUAAUACCUAGCGGUCAUUUCUGGUGCCAGACACUUUACAUAUAAAUCAGAAGGGCGUCUUCUCAAGGUGUGUUUUAUACUUAAAAACAAUUAGGCUUUUUAAAGACUUGAAAGCUUUCAAAAAAUGUCAGAACUGUACAGGCUGCCGUAUGUUCACCACUCGGAUUUUUUUACAAGCCUUACUGAAGAACGGAAACGCUGCCUUUAGAUUGCAUCCCUCCUUACCACCACCGGUUGAAUUGUCUUCUGCAUAGAGAAGGUAGAGCCACGCCAUCAGAAUGCAAUGUGUCAGAUGUUUACAGGACACUCUGUUCCUUUAGAUUAGGUUAUUUAAAGUGUGUUGUUUAGCCAAAUCCUGCUGGAUUCAGUAUUGUAAAUUUGAGACUAGAACUGCUGUACAGGUUUUGUUUCUCGGACCUUUCGUUAUCAGGACAAGAAGUCUGGAAUUGAU